UGAAAAUAGCUUUCUGCGUGGAGAUAACUUCAGUAGUUGAAAUCUAUUGGUGGCUACCGACAUACCCGGACUCUGACUUCUCCCUGUAUUCUAUCUUCCUUCUUAUGUAGACGACUAAGAAUAAGGUCCUCCAACAGAAGGGGAAGGGACUUCGAGAGAGAAACACGAGAUGGUGGUAGUUGCUGCUGCUGCUAUUUCCGGCACAUCAUGUAUACAGAUAAUGAUGAUACAAGGUGGUGGUGGUUAUCCAUCCAAAUCCAUGGAAUUGCGAUGGAUAAGUAGCAGAAGUAGAAGAAAGAACCUAAACCCAAAUCCAAAUUCAAGGGAGUUUGGCAGCUUAAAGUCGAAAGCUCCGCCCUUAAUGAUGCCAAUUUACAUAUCAACGGACCCAUCCCACAUUAAUCUCCAACAUCUCAGUGAACUUUACAGUAGUUGCAAUCACUCCGGCCAUCGAUUCCCUGAGGUGGACCCCAACACUGGCAUAGUUGAAGAAGCCAUGGACUUGGACAAGCUCCGACUUGCUCUCUCCCACAGUUGUGUGAUCGUCUCAGUCUUCUGCAAACCUCAGCAUGUCGAUGUCACUAACACCGCCAAGCAAAUCCAAAACCAAGAAAACCAGAAGCAAAUGAGCAAGGGUUUUGUUGGAGAUUUGAUGGAGAGUGUGAUGCCCGUCACCCCUUCCGACGCCAAGCUUGUGGGCUUUGGCCGUGCUGUUUCUGAUUUAGGAUUGACUGCAUCCAUCUACGAUGUCAUGGUACUUGUCUUGGUUAGUCCAUCUUUACAAGGAAUGGGAAUUGGCACGAUAAUAGUUAAAAGGAUUGUAAGAAUGCUCACAAGUAGCGACAUUUAUGACAUAGCUGCCCUUUGUUCCAGGAAGGAGAGGUUCUUCUUCAAAGCGUGUGGAUUCAGAGAUGACAUUUUGGGCUCUACUACAAUGAUGUAUACAAGGACAGUUUCCACUUCUUUUGAAGGUGACCAGAUGGUUACACGGGCUGGUCGGAAACUCUUGUUAGCUCCAACACUCAGAGAGCCAUUUGCAUCUUCGAAGACAAGUAAACCAGAAAGUUGAACAACAUGGUGCCUUACUUGGAUGAAAUAUUGAGAGGACAAAGAUAGUAUCUAUUUGACAUAGUGAAUUUUCUAUGCCCUUGUAACAGCAUGCCAUUAAUUCUCAUCCCCUUUCAAGCCUGAAAACAAUCUAAGUUUUGUAUCAAUAUUGAACUCAGAAACGCUCUUAUUGUGCUAUACAUAUCUGAAAGAAGCUGAAAUUAUUGACCUUCCUAUU